AUGGGCUUUGCCUGCAGAAGGCUGCAUAGCACCAAGGGAAGGCGGGUCGCGAGUUCUCCGUUUCCGUCCUCUGAAGAGCCGGUCACAGAGAGUAAUGGCAUCCUUCCCAUCGGAUUUUUUAUUUCGUCCUUCAGAGAGGAGAUGGCCAAGGUCUGUGGAUUUGCCAGCUGGGGUCUGGAGCGUCUGGGGGUGUCCCGGAGUAGCUGUCAGCUGCCCUGUGGCGACUGGGGAGGCUCUGAGGCCAGGCCAGAGGGCAUUCAAGCCACACACAGACCACCCAGGAGCAGCCACCUGGCCUUUCUUCCUCUGGGAUUGGCCAGUAGGCAGGAGGAAGCUUUGGGUCCUGCCGGAAGGGACAAUCUACAGAUCACUGUCACCCCAACCCCCGUGUCAUUUCCUCAUGGGAAAUUGUUACGGAUUUCACCAACAUGGCCCUUGUCCGAAGUCCGGUCUUCCUCAGCGGUGGACAGAAUGCAGCCUGUGCCGGGACGGUCCCCUGACAACACUAGCUGGCCGCAGUCUGCGCAGACGCCUCCGCCCAAGACACACCGCCAAGUUCGGGCCCAUGGGGACUUCUCUCCUUCCCCUUACCAAGGCAGUGGACAUAGUGCCUCCCUCGAGCCUUCCAAGGAUUCUACGGAGGCCCUGGUCCAACCAAGACCUCCAGGGGGAAAAGAAGCAGCCGCCAUGUCAGUGGACUCCUCGGUGUUGCCCAAGGCAGAACCAACAGCAGCAACCACGUUGUUUCUUCGGAAAUCAAGUCCACUGGGGCUGUCUGCAGCCCUGGUUGCUAAGGGCACCGGCAGCAGCCCUUCGGCCGUGGCCUCGGGAUUAGUCAAGAGCAGCUGGACCACUGCUGUAGCUAGAAACGUCACAAGCAACACAGCAUCUGACUCAAAGGCGACAUCAGGGGCAGCCCAUCCAGGCUUCUCGUUCACGCCGACCUACAUGUUUGCAAGAGCAGCACACACCAUGAGCACUCCCACGGCCAUGCAAGGGAACACAGGCACUGCCUCUGGCCUGUUGUCCACAACACACCUCCCCAGGAAACCACAAGCCAUGUAUACGGGCUUCCUGAACCCUACCAACCCCAACAUGCCCAAGGUGUCCACCGCACGCCCGCUGACCAUCACGGCAGCCUUGACGUCCAUCACUGCACCAGGAAGGGCCACCCGGAUGCCGCCUUUGUCAGCAGAAAACACAGACGCUGCUCUUCCCGCUGUGUCCACGGCCAUGGUCACAACUGGCAAAAUGGCAUCCAACCUGGAGUGUCAUAUGUCCAGGAAGCUCCUGGUGAAGACAGUUCUCUUUGUGACCCAAAGGAGGGUGCAGAUCAGUGAAACCUUGAAGCUUAAUGUAGCCAGAGGGCUCACACAGGCAUUGCGGAAGGCAUUUCACCAGAAUGACGUCUUGGCUCAUGUGGACAUUCUGGAAUAUUCUCACAACGUCACUGUUGGUUAUUAUGCUACCAAAGGGAGGCUGGUCUACUUGCCUGCUGCAGUGAUUGAAACGCUGGGCGUUUAUGGGAUCAGCAAUGUCACUGCAGAUCUGAAGCAACACACCCCAGCCUUGCAGUCUGUGGCAGUACUUGCCUCCCCGUGGACUCCCCAGCCUGCAGGCUACUUGCAGCUGAAAACAGUGCUACAGUUUGUGAGCCAGUCGGACAACAUACAGUCCUGCAAGUUUGCUCAGACGAUGGAACAGAGGCUACAGAGGGCCUUCCAGGACGCCGAGAGGAAAGUUCUGAAUACUAAAAGCAACCUGACGAUUCAGAUGGUGAGCACGUCCAACGCCUCCCAGACAGUCACCUUGGUGUAUGUGGUGGGCAAUCGAAGCUCCUUCCUCAACGGCACCGUGGCCAGCAGCCUCCUCCGCCAGCUCUCCGCUGAGCUGGUGGGGUUCUACCUCACCUACCCGCCGCUCACCAUCGCUGAACCACUGGAAUACCCCAACCUUGAUAUAUCAGAAACAACCAGAGACUACUGGGUAAUUACAGUGCUGCAGGGCGUGGACAGUUCCCUGGUGGGCCUGCACAACCAAAGCUUCGCCCGGGUCAUGGAGCAGCGCCUGGCCCAGCUGUUCAUGAUGUCCCAGCAACAAGGCCGGCGGUUUAAACGGGCCACCACCCUGGGAAGCUACACCGUGCAGAUGGUAAAGAUGCAGAGGGUGCCAGGACCCAAGGACCCUGCGGAGCUGACUUACUACACCCUGUACAAUGGGAAGCCUUUGCUGGGGACUGCAGCUGCCAAGAUCUUGAGCACCAUUGACUCCCAAAGGAUGGCCUUGACCCUGCAUCACGUUGUCCUUCUGCAAGCUGACCCCGUGGUGAAGAACCCGCCCAACAACCUGUGGAUCAUCGCCGCGGUGCUGGCGCCCAUUGCCGUGGUCACGGUCAUCAUUAUCAUCAUCACUGCCGUGCUCUGCCGGAAGAACAAGAACGACUUCAAGCCAGACACCAUGAUGAACCUGCCACAGAGAGCAAAGCCUGUGCAGGGCUUUGAUUAUGCCAAGCAGCACCUGGGCCAGCAAGGGGUGGACGAAGAGGUCAUCCCCGUGACUCAGGAAACGGUGGUCCUCCCACUGCCCGUUAGAGAUGCUCCUGCCUCUCAGGAAAGGGAUGCCCCUCAGGAUGGAAGCACUAUCAAGACGGCCAAAUCCAUCGAAACCAGAAAGAGCAGGUCGCCCAGUGAGAGUGGCUCUGUCAUCAGCAACGAAUCAGGGAAGCCCAGCUCGGGGAGGCGCUCACCCCAGAAUGUAAUGGCACAGCAGAAAGUGACAAAGGAGGAGGCAUGGAAGAGAAAUGUGCCGGCGAGUGACGAAGAGGAAGGAGCAGUCCUCUUUGACAACUCUGGCAAGGCGGCCGCUGAUCCCUUUGACACGUCUUCUGGGUCUGUGCAGCUCAUCGGAAUAAAACCCACAGCCCUCCCCGUGGUGCACCCCACCUCGGACAGGAGCCAGGAGCCAGUCGUACUCAACGGUGAGGUGAACAAAGCCCUGAAGCAGAAGUCAGACAUCGAGCACUAUCGGAACAAGCUGCGCCUCAAAGCCAAGAGGAAGGGCUACUACGACUUCCCUCCGGUGGAGGCGAGCAAGGCUCAGAUGGAAAGAAAAAAGAUGUAUGAAAAAGCCCCAAAGGAAAUCGAGCACGUUUUGGAUCCAGACCCAGAAGUGUGUGCCCCCUUCACUGAGGCUAAAAACAGGCAACAGAUGAAGAACUCUGUCUACCGGAGUCGGCAAUCUCUGAACAGCCCGAGUCCGGGCGAAACGGAGAUGGACCUUCUGGUGACUCGGGAGCGACCUCGGCGUGGAAUCCGUAACAGCGGAUACGAUACUGAGCCUGAAAUCAUAGAGGAAACCAACAUCGACAGAGUGAAUGAGCCCCGGGGCUACGCCCGGUCGAGGCAGGUGAAAGGCCACUCGGAGACCUCCACGCUGAGCUCGCAGCCCUCCAUCGACGAGGUCCGGCAACAGAUGCACAUGCUGCUGGAGGAGGCCUUCAGCCUGGCAUCCGCAGGACACGCAGGCCAGAGCCGGCACGCAGAGGCCUAUGGCUCUGCCCAGCACCUGCCCUACUCCGAGGUGGUGACCAGCGCUCCUGGGACCAUGACGCGGCCCAGGGCUGGGGUGCAGUGGGUGCCGACCUACCGCCCAGAAAUGUACCAGUACAGUCUGCCCCGGCCGGCCUAUAGGUUUUCCCAGCUUCCUGAAAUGGUCAUGGGCUCUCCCCCUCCACCUGUGCCUCCACGGACUGGCCCAGUGGCUGUCGCUUCUCUCAGGCGGUCCACCUCGGAUGUUGGGAGCAAGACCAGGAUGGCCGAGUCCGCGGGGCCUGAGCCCGCCCAGCUGCACGACAGCGCCUCCUUCGCGCAGGUGUCCCGAGGCCCUGUGUCUGUGGCACAGUUGGAUCAGUCGGCUUUAAAUUAUUCAGGUAAUACGGUGCCGGCAGUAUUCGCCAUUCCAGCUGCCAACAGACCCGGCUUCACCGGCUACUUCAUCCCGACGCCUCCCUCGUCCUACAGGAACCAGGCCUGGAUGUCUUAUGCAGGAGAGAAUGAGCUCCCGAGCCAGUGGGCUGAUUCGGUCCCCCUCCCGGGGUACAUCGAGGCUUACCCCCGGUCCCGGUAUCAGCAGAACUCGCCCUCCAGGCUCCCUCGCCAGUACAGCCAGCCAGCCGGGCUGCACCCCAGCUUGGAGCAGGCCCCGCUGCCCUCCGCAGCAGCCUCACAGCAGAGCCUGGCGGAGAACGACCCGUCCGACACGCCCCUGACCAACAUCUCCACAGCAGCCCUGGUGAAGGCCAUCCGGGAAGAGGUGGCCAAGCUGGCCAAGAAGCAGACGGACAUGUUUGAGUUCCAGGUCUAA